AUGCAACUCUCAAAGCUUGACGGGAAACAACAGAAAUCAUCUUAUACCUUGUAUCUUAGUCAAUUGCUUGUCAAAUAUGUGGUGGUACCAGGGUUGAUUGGAGCCGGGGUAUACGCUGUUGAUGAGAUCUGGUAUCUGUCGUUGUUGCAGCGAUCGAUUAGGGCCGUGUAUGGAUUCCUGAAGAUUGCUUAUUAUUAUAGUUAUGGUAAAAGCAGUUUCGAUAGUACUGAAUCUCUACAUCAAUAUGCAGCAGAUGAGUUACUUAAGAUUUUGAUGAAGAAUAAAGGAAUAUAUAUCAAGUUGGGACAAGCCAUUGCCAAUCAGGGGUCGGUGUUCCCAAUUGCGUUUCAAAGAAACUUUGUUAAGUUAUAUGACGAUGCAGCAAAUGACGAAUGGGAGAGUAUUGAUAAGAUGUUGAAAAAAAACUUGGGUGAAGAUUAUGAAGGGGAAGUGUUUGAAUACAUUGAUCAUAAGCCAUUUGCCAGUGCAUCGAUUGCGCAAGUUCAUCAGGCAAGAUUAAAAAAUGGUGGCGACGACGUUGCAGUUAAGAUUCAGCAUGAUUAUAUCGACAAACAGAUUGUGGUGGACUUGGCAGUUUACCGCUUGAUAAGUAAGAUAUAUGAAGCUGCUUUUGGAAUUCCCUUCACCUUUUUCACAAGGUACAUAUCGGACCAGUUGAUGAAAGAAACCGAUUUCGAGCAUGAAUUGCAAAAUGCCGAAGGAUUAAGAGCUUUAAUCGAUAGUGAUAGUGGAUUGAGAAACAUAUACAUCCCCAAGAAUUAUCAGGAAUUGUCUACUAAACAAGUUUUGAUCAGUGAGUGGAUUAAUGGAGUUUCAUUAACAGAUAAGCAAAAAUUGAUCGACCUAGGCUUUAGUCUUGGUGCUAUAAUGAACCAGUACCUCAAACUCUUCGGCAAACAGAUUUUUGAAUAUGGAUUUGUUCAUUCUGAUCCUCAUCCUGGGAAUUUAUUAGUUAGAUAUGUUAAUGGCAAGCAACAAUUAGUUAUAUUGGACCAUGGCUUAUACAUCAAACUACCUGAGAAAUUCAAGAUCGAGUACGCUCAGCUUUGGAGAUACUUGUUUGAGUUGAAUAGAAAUGGAAUUAAAGAAGUUGGUACCAAAUGGGGGAUCAACUCAAUAGACUUGUUUGCAACCAUGAUUCAAUUAAAACCAACAACAAGCCCAGACUUCAACAAAAUGAAUGACAGAAGAAACGCCAAUGAUCUAUUAUUCAACUUUCUAAGUGAUGAAAGAAAGUUUCCCCUCGAACUACUUUUCCUUUCCCGUACUAUGAGAAUGAUUCAAAACCUCAAUCAAACAUUUGGUAGUCCCGUUAACAGAAUCAACGUAUUAACAAUCGAGGCAACAAAUUCUUUGCUCAAGAAUACAACUAACUCGAAUUUGAUCUUUUGGAGUAAAUCCUUGGAAUCGUGGAACUUAAUCAAACUAAAACUCGUUCUAUUCACCAGUAAUUUGGUCUUUUACUUCUUCCGCAUAAAACAAAUUCUAUACGGCGACCGCUAUGGUGGAAAAGGCGAAGGUAUAGAAGAUUACAUAGAGCACUACAUGAACAACACGGCAAGAUCCUUGGGUCUUGAGCUAGAACAUAAAUAG